AUGACUGAUGAAAAAAAGAGCUAUACUCCUCUCGACGUAAAUCCCAGACUUAGUCGAGACGAAGGAACAUGUAUACCAGAUCCUCGUCCUUAUCGUGCUCUUGUGGAAAGUCUGAUUUAUCUGACUAUAACAAGGCCUGACAUUGCUUAUGUAGUUGGAGUGGUGAGUCGAUACAUACAGGAGCCAAGGAAACCACACCUUGAGGAAGUGAAGAAAAUUCUGAAGUAUAUUAAUACCUCACUAGAUAUUGGUCUACUAUAUGAGAAAGAUGCAAAAUUUGUUUUGCAAGGAUAUGCAGAUGCUGACUUUGUUGGAGAUCGAGACGAUCGAAGGUCCACAUCUGAGUUUAUUUUUCUUUGUGGAAACACUAGUAUAUCUUGGAGUAGCAGGUAA